AUGGUCGACCCUCUGACGAGGUACAUGGGUACCGUAGGCUCGAGCGUACAAGAGGCGUGGCUUGUCAUCCCCAAUUCUGUCACUGCUCUGCAGAACAUGGCCUCAAUCGACUUCACCCCUCUUACCCAGAUCGAGGUAUUGCACCUCGAGGGGCUGCUGAUAACUCACCAGAACAGCCCACAGCCGCUCGAGGCGUUCUUCCAAAAGCUUUUCGCAGAGCUCUGCUCCUCACCCACUGAUCAUUCAGAAACCUGUCGCCCAUCCCUGCAACGCAUGUCAAUCUCACUCACAGUUGACACAAAGCACGGCGCGCACUCAUUCUUCGGCAUACCUGACUACGUGCUCCUGCAGCCGUUUACGUGGUUUGGGCUGCCUUCGAUCAUCGAGGAGGCGUUUAGCUCGGUGGCAGCAUCCUUAAUCUCAUCCUCUUCCUCUUCCUCGUGGAAUCCAUCUCCCCUGCUACCAACUUCAUCGUCUCUAGACCUUCUCAAAGACCUGCAGGUUGAGCUGAAGUUGAAGGCACCAAGUAUCGCAGCCUCCCAGAGGAGUUUGUCGGAAGAGUACGUGCGUGAAGGUGUCUGGAAGGGAUUUGAGGAGCGAGGAAAGCUUCAGGUUGUGUUCGUCGAUGAGGAUAGCGAUCGAGGAAGGGGCAGCCUAUAA